AUGAAUGAAAUUUGGUUGCUCGAAGAGAACUGGAAUCUUAUAGGAACACUUCUUCAGCCGAUGUACGGUGGAUCGUCAAUUUUGAUUGAGGAAUCGAGUGUUUACCUCUUUCCGGGUAACAACCGCGAUGAUGCCAGAGCUAUUCAGAGAAUAACAAUAGAUGGAAAUGAUGUCACGAAAAUCGAAGUUGUUGGAUACCACUCAAAGUACACUCGUUCUCCGAUUAUUUUUGUAUCACCACUCAAUCUGUGCUCCGUUUAA